GCGCCCCUCUGGCAGACUUCGCGGCGGCCACUGCCUCGGCUAACAGCCCGCGUGCGCAAGCGCGGAGCUGUUCCUCGCUGCAGCCCCCCCCCCCACUGCCCCCGGGAAUCGCACCCGCCGAGUCCACCUACUGGACUGUCUGGGCGUCCCUUACUCUGCGCUUUAGGCCCCCCAGCGCUCCUCGCGCCCCCAUGGCGGAGCUGCGGCCUAGCGGCGCCCCUGGCCCCACCGCGCCCCCGGCCCCCGGCCCCGCUGCUCCGCCUGCCUUCGCCUCGCUCUUUCCCCCGGGACUGCACGCCAUCUACGGGGAGUGCCGCCGCCUUUACCCCGACCAGCCUAACCCGCUCCAGGUGACCGCUAUCGUCAAGUACUGGUUGGGCGGCCCAGACCCUUUGGACUAUGUUAGCAUGUACAGGAACGUGGGGAGCCCUUCUGUCAAUAUUCCUGAGCACUGGCACUAUAUCAGCUUUGGCCUGAGCGACCUCUAUGGGGACAGCCGAGUCCACGAGUUUACAGGAACUGAUGGGCCUAGUGGUUUUGGCUUUGAGUUGACUUUUCGUCUGAAAAGAGAAACUGGGGAGUCCGCCCCGCCUACAUGGCCAGCAGAGCUAAUGCAGGGCCUGGCCCGAUACGUGUUCCAGUCAGAGAACACCUUCUGCAGUGGGGACCACGUGUCCUGGCACAGCCCUCUGGAUAACAGUGAGUCCAGAAUCCAGCACAUGCUGCUGACAGAGGACCCGCAGCUGCAGCCUGUGCAGACGCCCUUCGGGGUGGUCACCUUCCUUCAGAUUGUUGGCGUCUGUACAGAGGAGCUGCACUCAGCUCAGCAGUGGAACGGGCAAGGAAUCCUGGAGCUGCUUCGGACAGUGCCCGUCGCUGGCGGCCCCUGGCUCAUAACUGACAUGCGGAGAGGAGAGACCAUAUUUGAGAUCGAUCCACACCUGCAACAGGAAAGAGUUGACAAAGGCAUCGAGACUGAUGGCUCCAACCUAAGUGGUGUCAGUGCCAAGUGUGCCUGGGAUGACCUAAGCCGGCCCCCUGAAGAUGACGAGGACAGCCGGAGCAUCUGCAUCGGCACACAGCCCCGGCGGCUGUCUGGCAAAGACACAGAGCAGAUCCGGGAGACCCUGAGGAGAGGACUUGAAAUCAACAGCAAACCUGUUCUUCCACCAAUCAACCCUCAGCGGCAGAAUGGCCUCACCCACGACCGGACUCCGAGCCGCAAAGACAGCCUAGAAAGUGACAGCUCCACAGCCAUAAUUCCCCAUGAGCUGAUCCGCACACGGCAACUUGAGAGUGUGCAUUUGAAAUUCAACCAGGAGUCUGGAGCCCUCAUUCCUCUCUGCCUAAGGGGCAGGCUCCUGCAUGGACGGCACUUUACGUAUAAAAGUAUCACAGGUGAUAUGGCCAUCACAUUUGUGUCCACGGGAGUGGAAGGUGCUUUUGCCACAGAGGAGCAUCCUUACGCAGCUCAUGGACCCUGGUUACAAAUUCUGUUGACCGAAGAGUUUGUAGAGAAAAUGUUGGAAGACUUAGAAGAUUUGACUUCUCCAGAGGAAUGCAAACUUCCCAAAGAGUACAGCUGGCCCGAGAAGAAGCUCAAAGUCUCCAUCCUCCCUGAUGUGGUGUUCGACAGUCCACUGCACUAGCCUGGGCUGGGCCCUGCAGGGGCCAAGGGGAGCCCAGGAGUUCCCGUGACUUCAGGUGUAACAGCUGCAAAAGAAAGACCCCCCCACAAUAAAAGGACAAGUGUGAGGAUGACUGAACGGCCAACAAACCCGCAGCCCAGUGGAUGUCAGAUGCAGGCCACUUGCCCACCUUCCUUCCUGCCCCGGCCGGAGCUGCCAGACUGGGCCCUUCUGCCAAGCCAGUGAGCAGGCAUGUGAGACCCUCCUCCUGGCCACUGCCACAGGUUCUGGCUUGAGGUCAGAUUCUGGACCCUGGCUGUCCCCACAGUGGAGAUGGCCUUGGUCCCCACAUCCCUGCUGCACAGCCUGGUACAGUGUGACUCAGGCAAGCCUCUGCUAGGCAGGCUGCUUCCGCCACAGGGCAAUUGCUCCGAUCAUGUUUGGUUUUCUUCCUUAUUUUAUUUUGUAGAAACCUGAUGGUAUUUUAUUGCUCAGCAAAGAUGUCCAGAAGCCAUGUAUAUAAUUUUUUUUAGACUGAACUUUACUCCCAGAUGAACUUUCUCACUCUCCCAGAUAGGGACCUGGACCCUGUCUCUGCACACAGCACACCGGAGCAGAGUGCCUGCUUCCUGCCUGCCAGCCCAAGCCCUGGCAGAGCUGCUGCCUGGAGCCGGUGCCUGGGAGGUUGGAGAUAUGCUCUCUGCACAGCCCUGUGUCGAUUCAGCUGGGCCACGAAGAGGGGCAGCUGCUGUCCCAGGGAACUUAGGGGCUCAGGGGUUUGGUGGCCACAGCCUCAUCUUCCAGGCCUUCUCCACCCAGGCAGGCCUCCCAAAGCCACCCCUAGACCACCCCCACUUGUUACUCAGGAUCUGGACCUGAAUUUCUUUGAUGACCCUUUUUUUUCCCCUCGUUCCUUGGGCUUCCCAGGAUGCAGGACUCUGGCUGAUUAAAAACUGAAAAAUCACCCUCUCCAGAUCUCUUUCACUUUGAUUUUGCUGACACUGCUCUCUGCCUCCCUCCUUCCUUCCAUUCUUUUCUCAUCUUUCAUCCCUGUUCCUAUCCUACAUCCUGGCUUCUUACUGUCCUUGGUCCCUCUCCCCAGUGCUUGUAGCCCACAGUCUGCCUUCCAGAAGCCCGCCUCUCUUCAGCCCCUGGUUUGGAGGUUCCUCCUCAUGACCUGGGACCAGCAAGCCCCUGUCUUUCCCAGUCACCCCUUCCUCGAGGGACUGCUACUUCAAGAUGACCUUUCAGCCUGUCCCAGGCAAAGUGAUUUUGUCAGGGACAAAGCAGGGUUCCUCCUACCCUGGCCUGCCUCCGCCAUACUCAGGCACCACCAGGUACACCCAUAAAGUACAGGUCCUCUUCAAAGAGAGAUACAGCCGAAGGCCCAUGAGGGCCCUGGCCAGGCUCUCUGAGGAGCAGGAUCCGGCCUCCGAGGCCCAUGAAAUCAGGCCCUGCCUACACACCCCAGGGCUGUCUGUGAACUCUGUCACACUCAGUGCUUCAGGGUGGCUCAGCUGGGGACAUGUGGGGAUGCUGCUCACGUCCUGCCAGCGGAGAUCCAGACUUCUCUGGACCUGACAGCAAGGACUUUCCCAGGAGCCUGCUUACUGGCCCUUGCCCACAUGGCAACCCUGUCUUUGUUUAACACUCUUCUGACAUUGCUCAGGCAGAGAGGUGCAUCACCCUGUCCCCAUUCCUUAUCACCCUGACCAGCUUCUCUGUAGAUGCCUCCUUCCUGGGUCCCUGCCUACGGCUUCCCACUGCAUGUUGCCCUACCUGCAGGUGCCUGGCUUGGGGGAGGGUAAAAUUUCAUCAGCCCAUGAGGCAUCCAGUAAACAGUUUGCACCAGGCCUAGAGGGUUGUUGGCACCAUUAGCAUAGUAGCCCUCGGCUAAAGAGCAGGGGACGAUGGAAGAAGCAGAUAAGCACAGAAAGGUAGAGCCCAGAAAGUCUGGGACUCCUUCCUGUCCGUCACCUUGCUAGGAACCUGGUGCACAUCCAAGACCCUGCAGGGACCAGGUCCCUGUCAUUCUCCCAGCUCGGGAGCAGCAGGCCCUCAGCUCCUCUCCCUCAGACUCUGGCUGCCUUCAGAGGUUUCUCAGGAGGGUGCUCCAUGGAGCUGUAGGCUUGUGAAAGGGCCCCAAAGGACCCAGAUUGUCCCUUGCAUGGUUCCUGGCAGCUCAGUGGAAGCCCUAGACCUCACAUAGGUGAGGCAGUCAGGAGCCUCCCUGCCUGCCCUUCCACAGCUUUCUGGAGACCUCCGCAGUCUUCUUCCAUCACUCCAGACUCAUGCUAAAGCCUCUGAGAAGGGGCUUUUUCCUGCCUGCUGUGUACCCAGUCUCUAAAGUAGACUUCUGGGUGACCAACUCCAAUAUGGACUAUGAGAGGAUGGUGACCCCAGCCACUGCUCUGAAGGGCUGGGAGGCCCCUGCAAGUCCAGGUCUGCUGGUUCUCUGCCCAUCUUCCCUUCCUAAUGCAAAGGGGCAGGGGCAGGGGCCCGAGCAGGAACAGGAGCAUUCUGCAAACCAGACCUGAGGGCUUGGCACGAGGUUUUGCAAUUGAGAACAGGAGGAAACCUGAAGGUCGGGGCCCCUAUGGGGCGGAGAAUUCCCAGGACUAUUUUUAAUCUGGUCUUCCCUCUGGCUUCCAGGACCUCCAUGCCAGGUCAGGGGCCUGGGCCCCUGUUACAAGUCAGGAGCCCCGUAGGAAGACCCCCUCCUUUUGUACCAGUACCUAAAUGCUACAGUGAGCAGACUUGUAAAAUUUUCUAUUAGUUUUUUAUGUCAGUGGCGACUCGGUUCCUGUGGCUUCAGCCAGCCUGGGACUUUUGUAAGUCUUUUUGAGUGACUCACUUAGAUGUCAUUCUGCUGCCCCUCUCCUGUGAUGUAAUCGAAGUACAUUAAAUGUAUUUGCAGAAGUA